AUGAACUGCCCCCAACUUCACAAGAUCGAGGAGAAAUUGGGAAUGGGAGCAGGAGCCGACCACAAGAAGGAGGAAGAAAAGUACCACAAAGUCGAGGAGAAGAAGCCCGAGGAGAUCAAGAAGCACGGUGAAGGUGGUAGCGUGAUGGACAAGAUCCACGGCGACGACGACGAGAAGAAGCACGACAGAGAGAAGAAGGAGAAGAAGAAGAAGCACAGCGAGGACGGGAAGGGUCACAACGACGGGAGCAGCAGCAGCAGCGAUAGCGAUUAG